AUGGCCGACAACAUCCCCUCCGGCUCCGAGUUCCGCGCCGCCCGCGCCGACUCAACCUCCUCCUCCAGCUCCACCAGCAGCACCACCGGCAACGCCGGCACCAGCACCGGCCACAACACGCUCCAGGCGCAGAAGCGCAAGGAUGAUCCGGCGUCGCUGGCGCGGCGGCAGAGUUUGAAUGAGCAGAGGCCGACGGCGGGGUUUUUGGGGUCGAUGUGGAAUAGGUUUGUUCUCUCUUUCCUUUUCUCUCCUUUUAUCAUCUUACCUUUUAUCUUGCCGAUUCGCUUCGCCUCCUGCUUCCGUUACAGGUACUGGGCGGGGGAGAAUUCGGCCUUUUAUUUCCCAACUUACCAACACCUUAUGUAUCAUGAGACACUGUAA